AGAAGAGAAAUACCAGAGUUUUCUUUCUGUUUUGAUAUGUUUUAAACAUGGUUUUGGUUCUUGUCUGAAAAGUUCUAUUUUCUCAAUUCAGAAAAUUAAACCAUUUUGUUUUCAUUCCCGGAAGGAUUCUCAACUGUUGAAAUUGCAACGUCUUCGGAACGAUCGAGCUAGUUGUUUUAUUUUCUGGGGAAAUGGGUUUAAUUUUUCCAAAUUACAUCAACUACUUUCUUUAAAUAAAUUUCCUACCGUUUUCUGUUUUUACAAGUUUCCAAACAUAGAAAAAGGUUUUUCACUGAGCUACGUACGUACCUAGAGCUAGCUGUUGUGGAGUUUCUUUUAGUUCUUAGAUCCUUUACACCCACAGAAACAUCUUCCAAUCAAACACCAUGACUGAUCAUCAAGCUUGUGAUAAUGAAGAGCACACUCUUGGCGCUGGCUUACUCCUCACUGCCACCACCACCACCACCACCACCACCACCACUGGUUCCGACAAAUACCGUCGCAUUUGGCGUCGAAGUAUAGGUGUAGGGAUUCUGGUCUCUGUGACCAAGAGACCCCUUUAUGAUCAGGAUUCUCCACAGCCAUCGCCAUCGUCGAUACCUUAUGCUCCUUGCCCACAAGAACAACCCCAGCAUGCCAUUGACGUAAUUCCCUCUGUUGAUGGGGAUCAGGAGAGAGAGGCAGACGAAGAUCGGAACAAAGUUGUUCAGAUUAUGAAAGAGAAGAACUUGCCCUCUCUUCUAAAACUCGGUGGCCUUGACUGGGUUGCAGGAGUUCUGGGUUCUAAUUUAAAGGAGGGAAUGCAUGAUGACCAGCAAGUGCACUGGAACACCAACAACAACUCUGACGGUGAAAAAGUCUUCUUCUACUUCUUCUUGCAGGCUUGUGGCAAAUGGACCAUUUUUCUGCUCUUGGUCUCAGCUGGAUUUGCCUUUGCUAUUGAUAUCACGGAGCAUGGACUUGAAGAUGGGUGGCAUGACGGGGUUGCUAUUCUCGUAGCCGUGGUCCUGCUUGUUGCAUUCCCUUCGGUAGGGAACUUUCACCAUGAAAGGAAGAGGGUGAAGAAGAUGUUAAAGAAUAUUAGGAAAUUGGAAGUGAAUGUUGUCAGAAGUGGAAAGCGCCGAUGGAUUGCCAUUUCUGAUGUUGUGGUGGGUGAUGUAGUGCAUUUGAAGAAGGAUGAUCGCAUUCCCGCUGAUGGUUUGUUUGUGCAAGGGGAGAAUUUGGUAGUGGAUGAGGUCUUCAACUCCAAAAUUGAUAGUGAUCAGAACCCGUUUCUUGUCUCAGGUUCAAAGGUUGUUGAAGGCCGUUGUACGAUGCUUGUGACACCGGUUGCCGAUGAUAAUAAUACAGCUAAGUCUUCUCAUUAUCCUAAUAAGAAGACACUGUUACAAGCUCGGAUCGCGGAACCAAAUGGUUACAAUGAAAUGUUUGCUCUCUGUGUCACUCUGCUUAUUGCUCUUGUUCUGUUAAUUCGCCUCUUAUGCGGAAAACACAAUAACAGUAACGAUUUGCCAGAACUUAAAGGUAAUGUUUCGGUGGGUAUGAUGAUGAAGAUCGUUGAGAAAAUUUCCCUGAAAUCUCAAGGAAAGAUUUGGAUUUUGACAAGUGCUCUUUCAGCCAUGGUAAUAGGAAUACAACACGGAAUGCCUUUUGUGAUUACAGUUUCUCUGAACUGCUGGAACAAGAAGGUGCAGAGAUAUGGGGCGGAACCUCGGAAUUUAUCAGCCUGUGGCACAAUGGGGCAUGUCACAGUCAUUUGCAUUGAUGCAACUGGUGGGCUGAUGUGUAACCAGGUGGAGGUUAACAAAUUUUUUGUCGGCGAGAAAGAUAUCAGCAAUGGGGCCGUGGACUCUGAAACGAGCCAAGUUGUUGUUGAAGCUUUGCAUCAGGGAAUAUUUGGCGUGUCAGUUCUUGCGCCUGAGAUCACUGUUAUUCCGACCACCAAUUCGCUUAUUUCCUUGCUCGAGUCAAAGUGGGGUCCGAAUAAGGAGGUUUUGGAUCAAAGUUUUGACAUUCUUGGGUCUACAAAAUUGAGCUCUAUCAAGAAAGCUGGUGGUGUUUUGAUGAGGAGAAAACGUAAUGAUGAAAAAAUGCACCACUUGCACUGGUUUGGGGAUGCAUCGACCAUAUUGAAAAUGUGUUCACACUACUAUGACUGUAGAGGUCAAACACAUGCUAUGGAAAGCAAGAAAAGAAAGUUUGAGCAGUUUAUUAAAGAUAUGGAGGAUGGUGGUCUUGGACCCAUUGCGUUUGCUUAUAAGGAAAUUGAGGACCAAAAGUUAGUAGAAGAGGGGUUGAAUUUACUGGCACUAGUGGGUCUGGAAUACCACCUAUGUCGGGAAGAGAUAACAUCAGUAGUGAAAAAUCUUAAAUCUGCUGGAGUAGGGGUGAAGUUGAUUUCAGAGGAUGAGCUCUCAGCAGUGACACCCAUAGCUUUCGAAAUAGAAAUCUUUGACCGUGCUGGUUCAAAUCAUGUGGCACUUAAAGCUGAAGAAAUUCGAGAACUGAUUAGCAGUGGAAGGAUGGAGAAACUGGAUCUGGCUACUGUGAUAGGAAGUUGCCUCCCUGAGGACAAGCUCUGGAUUAUACAGCAAUUGCAAAAAGAAGGUCACAUAGUUGCUUUCUUUGGAGGGUUGACCACAAGAGACACCCUACCUUUAAAAGAAGCCGAUGUAGGGAUCACUGCCCGGAGACGGAGCACUGAAUUGGCAAGAGAGAGCUCUGAUAUUUGUGUCAAAUAUUUUGGUUCACUAUCUCGUAUUUUGAAGUUUGGCAGAUGCAGUUACCACAACAUUCAGAAGUUCAUUCAACUUCAGCUCACCGCUUGCAUCUCUGGGUUUACAAUAGCCUUAGUGACCACAAUGGUUUCUGGAGCAUCCCGAAUAACAGGAUUUGAAAUGUUUUGGGUAAAUUUGGUUAUGUACCUUGUGGGCAGCCCAGUGUUGUUGAUGGAGUUAAAAACCCAGGAAGCACUGCUAACCCAAAAACCAGCUAAAGGGUCACUACUAACCAGGGCCAUAUGGGGAAACAUUGGAGUUCAAGUCAUAUACCAGGUUUCUGUCUUGCUGGUCUUUCAGUUUAAGGGAUUCGGCACGAUCGAUGAUGUCCGGAAGACCAUGAUCUUCAACAUGUUUUGCCUAUGUCAGAUCUUCAAUCAGUUCAAUGCCAUGGACAUAGUAAAGAAGGAUGUGUUGAAGGUGGUUGUUCGGAGCUCUUGGUUUUUGGUCACUUUGGCUGCUGUUAUGACCAUGCAGGUGUUGGUGAUUGAGUAUUCGGGUGUUGUGACCAGUUUUGGGAGAUUGAAUGCGGUGCAGUGGGCUUCCUGUUGUAUUGUUGCUGCACUUCCAUUGGCCUUAAAAUCACUUGGAGAUAUCUUCAAAACAUGGUACUCUUUGGUUUCGAGAUCAGCUGACCAUUCAAAUGAUGGGUUCUCGAAUAGGAUGCAUAGGCCUUAUGUUUCCCAUUUUGGUGUCCCAUUUUUCAUGUUCCUUUUCCCCGCGUUGCCCGGACUAUUCGCUAUUGUAAAUCAGUACGAAAAUCUGCCAGUGGCUUGUAGAUAAAUAUUAGGGAAAUGUUUUUGUGGGCUCCGUCCCACUUGAAAGGGGUUACCUAGUUGUUGUGUAAUGCAAUCGUCACGUCUGUCUAGCUGUCUGUAUUGUAAGCUAGCUUUACUGUCUCCAAAAUAAGAAAAUGUUGUAGUGUCACGCCUGUCUAGACUGUCUGUUUUGUAAGCUAGCUUGACUGUCUCCAAAAUAAGAAAAUGUUGUAGUGAUACACUUGCUGCUCCUUCUAUAUUCUAUCCCUGUAAAUGUCUCAGGUCUGUAUGGACUGUCUUUAUUGUAAGCUAGCUUGACUGUCUCCAAAA